AGGCGAGAUGGCGGCCCCGUGGGUGGGCAGGCUGAGUCUGGACUCCCUGAUCAUCUGCUCCGACGCCUCGCUCGGGGGCACCUUCCUGGCGGUGCUCCUCAAGCUGCAGUCCAGCCGCUCCGCGGCGGGGCUCUCGCUGCAGACGCUGGUCACCGUGGUCGCGGCGAGGACCCUCCACCUGGCCAGCCAUUUUCUGAAGCUGCACUACCAGCCGACCGUGCUGCCCUGGAUCCUGUACCCCCUGUUCGACGUGGUCAACGUCGGCCUCGGGAUGGCCUGCGUCGUCCUGUUCGGGUCGUAUUAUCACACCUCGUACGAGGCGGAGAAGGACAAUUUCGGCAUUCAGAUUUACGACAAGCUUGGCCUGCUGCCGAAGGCCAACAAGCAGGAGCCUGGCAGCUACAGGCGGAACUUUGUGGCCAUGUCCUUCCUUUACGUCGUGAUAACGGCGAUGGCACUCGUGUGGUACUGCAUAAGACGGUCGCCGUCGACGUUCGCCGUGAGCUACUACUGCUGUUUCUACGAGGUGAUGUCGGCGAUGGCGCUCAUCCCGCAGCUGUGGAUGUUUCACCAGGACACCAGGGUGCAGCCGCUGCUGGCGAAUUUCGUGGUGCUGACAGCGAUGAGCCGCGUGUUCGUUCUGUCGUUCUGGGUCGCCUACCCGUGGGUGUACUACUGGAGUAACCCCGACAACCGCGGGAUCCAGAUGGCGUCCGAGGACGUGAACGUCGAUUCCCUCACGAAGACGCUUGAGCAGCUGGUGACAAAGCUGAGCGGAGGCCCGACCAACACGGCGAUCGGGAACCAUGCCACGGCGCUGGCAGCGCAGAUCGCCAAGGAGAAAGCAGCACAGGAGCAAGCACCGCAAACGUCGAAGGCCGUAAGACUCGCAGAGGCGGCCAGAGAGUUAGAGCAGGCGAACAGGCGCUACAACCACAAGCAGAUGGUCUACGAGCAGCACUUGGCAAAAGGGGCGGCCAUGAAGAGCAUCGAGGAAGAGCUGGCAGCAGACGAUGAACUGGACGGAGAAGCCAUUGCAGAGAUCGUCAAAGCCAAGCAAGACCUCAUCCAGAAGAUGAAGAACGAAGCGCAGACCUUCAAGGGCCACCUGGACACCUUCGUGAAGGACACCAAGGAACGCGCCAAGGAGCAGCGCAAAGAGAUACGGCAGAGAGCAAAGAAAAGAAAGGCAGAAGCAGGUGGCAAGGACAAGAAGUACAUGGACGACACCCUGGAGAAGAAGAGGCUCGCGAAGGCCGCGGGCAAGGGCAUGAUGAAAGAGGAAUAG